AUGACGCCAGACAAGACGGAACCUGUCAGGAAAUACAAGUGUGACGUCUGUGAGAAGGCUUUUUCGCGCAGCAAUACGUUAGUGACCCAUCGGGUAAGUCAGUGUAAGGGGUGGACCAAUGGGUAAGUCGGCAUAAGGGGUGGACCAACGGGUAAGUCAGUAUAAGGGGUUGGACCAACGGGUAAGUCAGUAUAAAGGGUGGACCAACGGGUAAGUCAGGAUAAGGGGUGGACCAACGGGUAAGUCAGUACAAGGGGUGGACCAACGGGUAAGUCAGUAUAAGAGGUGGACCAACGGGUAAGUCAGUAUAAGAGGUGGACCAACGGGUAAGUCAGUAUAAGGGGUUGGACCAACGGGUAAGUCAGUAUAAGGGGUGGACCAACGGGUAAGUCGGUAUAAGAGGUGGACCAACGGGUAAGUCAGUAUAAGGGGUCGACCAACGGGUAAGUCAGUAGAAGGGGUUGGACCAACGGGUAAGUCAGUAUAUUUGAGGAACCAUCGGAUAAGUCAGUACUAUAGGUCAACCAUCUGGUAAUUCAAAACUAUUGGUGAACCUUCGGGUAUGAGUCAGAACUAUUGGUGAACCAUCGGGUAUAAGUCAGAACUAUUGGUGAACCAUCGGGUAUAAGUCAGAACUAUUGGUGAACCAUCAGGUAAGUCAGAACUAUUGGUGAACCAUCGUGUAUAAGUCAGAACUAUUGGUGAACCAUCGUGUAUAAGUCAGAACUAUUGGUGAUCCAUCGGGUAAGUCAGAACCAUUGGUGAACGAUCAGGUAGGUCAGAACCUUUGGUGAACCAUCAGUUAUAAUUCUGUACUGUUGGUUCUCCAUCGAGGAAGUCAGUUUUUUUGCGAACCAUCGAGUAUUUACCUCUGCAUUUUAUGGAGUAAGGCACUUGCCUAACUGAUUGUCUGCGUCACUGCUUACUAUCGGUUUCAUCUAUUACUCUAUAAUAUAUAUUAUAGUUUAUAUAGUAGAUGCCAAGGCAUAUCGUGUAAGUUUCUAGUGUAGUAGCCAAGACAUAUCAUUUAGGAUUAUAGUGUAUGUGUCCAGAAAUAUCGUGUAAGUCUAUAUUGUAUGUUUAAGGCAUAUCAAGCCAUUGAUAGUAAAUAGGCUACGUUCUUAUAAUUAGUAUCACCAGUAAGACGUAGUCAGUCACUGAUAUCUUAUUAUAUCUUUCUUAUAAUUAGUAUCACCAGUAAGACGUAGUCAGUCACUGAUAUCUUAUUAUAUCUUUCUUAUAAUUAGUAUCACCAGUAAGACGUAGUCAGUCACUGAUAUCUUAUUAUAUCUUUCUUAUAAUUAGUAUCACCAGUAAGACGUAGUCAGUCACUGAUAUCUUAUUAUAUCUUUCUUAUAAUUAGUAUCACCAGUAAGACGUAGUCAGUCACUGAUAUCUUAUUAUAUCUUUCUUAUAAUUAGUAUCACCAGUAAGACGUAGUCAGUCACUGAUAUCUUAUUUCGUCUAACAAACAGAUUUGAAAAUUUAAAGUGUCUUUGUAAUUAGAAAAAAAAAAUUAACAUGAAACACAUUAAGACACACCAAAGACACAAUCAGGAUAUGUUAACACACAUAAAAUUGACAGAUCUAGAAGAACUUAGGAGAGGAAAUAAAAAUACUGGCUUUUUAUCACUUUGGUAUUUUAUUUUUAUUUGAAAAGACACUUGACCGACACUUUGGUGACAUAUUAGUGACACGUUGAAUAUCAAUUGGACACUUACUGGAUCCUACUGAUGACACUGAGACACAUUGAGACACACUGAGAAACACAUUGAGUCAUACUGAGACACACUGAGACACACAAUGAGACACACACUGAGACACAUUGAGACACACACUGAGAUACAUUGAGUCAUACUGAGACACACUGAGACUCACACUGAGACACAUUGAGACACACAUUGAGACACACACACAGUGUCGAUGAACGUUGAAAUCUUCCAGAGAAUCCACACAGGCGACAAACCUUUCUGCUGUGACGUAUGUGGGCGGGCCUUCAGACAGCCAGGGAAUCUCACACGGCACAGACUGACCCACACGACAUACAAACCUUUUGUUUGUCAUGUAUGCAGCAAGGCCUUCAACAGGUUUGUCUCUCUUCCCCACCCCCCUACCAAAAAACGUAUCUAGUGAUAGCAUUCUUAUAACAUGUAUAGUGAUAUCAUUCUUAUAACAUGUAUAGUGAUAUCAUUCUUAUAACAGUUGUAAAGCUAUAGUGAUAGCAUUCUUGUAGUAUUUGUAAAGCAGUUCACCAUGUUAACAUACAUUUCAUGUAAAGUAAAGUAUUGCUCCCCAUGUCCAUUUGUCGCUGUGACCUUUCACCGCAGGUCAUCGAACCUGAGCACCCACUUAAAGACGCAUUCCAGAUGUGAGCUGGACUGA